GGUGAGGGGCACAGGGGCACAGGAGGGGAGGAUGGGAGGAGGGGCCCGGGAUUUGCCAGGGCCUAUCGCCCUGCCACUGGGCUGUAGCCCCUCUCCCCUCUCCCGGGUAACCUGGAGGCUGGCAGGCACUGAAUAGCAACCCCGCUGGCUGCCGACCAUACCAUUUGAACACUCGAUGGGGGAAGGUGAGAGCUGCUGCAGAGGCAGUGAAACCCUGCCCGCCUCUGCCCCAGGCCUCCACCCUGCCCGCUGAGAGGGCUCCAAGGAGACAGGCUGGCGUGAGGCCCUGGGAGGGCUUGGGGAGCAACUGGGCUCCUCUGCAUGGCUCCUCUUUCUUGCUGCCCAGCCUAGUUGCCAUCCCUACCCUCUUGGCUGUCCCCUCCCCCAAGGCAGGGCCCAAACUCUUCCAGACAAAGCCAGGGCUAGCUGGAGAGUGAGUGAAGACAGCCUGCUCUGCUCAGCCUGGCUGAAGGGCACAGGGCAGAGCAGAGUCUGGGACAGGCUGGCGGUCACGGGUGGCACCCGGUGCUCCUUGGGCGUCCCUUGGACAGCUGAGAAGACCUUUCUACCCAGCUUGGGACGGCUGAGCGCUGGCUCUGAGUGCUUCCCCCAAGGACUGAAGCCUGGCCCAGCUUUGCUGGCCUGAUAGGAUCUCCAGAUUCAUGUGACAGUCUUGAAACACUAUCAGGACUAGCAAGAUUGAGACUUCUCCCACUUCAGACUGCCCUAGGUAGGACAGGGGACCAGUUUUCUCAGUUGUGUUCCUGUGGGAGAUGGUGGUGGACACACCCCAUCCCUUUUCCAUGCCCAUAUUCAAGGAAGGGCCAACCACAUACAGCUGCCCAGCCAAAGUGCUUUCUAGGCCCAAUGCCUGAAAGGCAGAGGUGCUGGGCAGCUAGACGGGCAUCAAAGUUUCCAGCUGGGAUCUGGGAGGGGUAGUGUUCUGUCUGGAAACGCGGGAAGGAGUGGUAGCAGGGAACUGAUGGGAGGUGGGGUGUGCUGGUGCCCUCAGUCGGCUGGGUGCAGGGUGAGGCCUCGAGCAGGAAGGAGGCUGGACACUGGGAGCCGGGAGUUAGGUCCUGCCACUGUUGGAGCCAUGAGCACACAGGGUCCCAGCCCUCUGGCCUUUCUCACAGCCCCUGUCACUCCGGGCAGCACCACCACGGAGGCAAAUGACCCCCUCCCCGUGCUCAUCGCCCUGGCCUGCAUCUUCCUUCUGCUGGCUAGCUGUCUGCUGUUCAUGGCCCUCUGCAAACCGGCCGCGCUGGACCCGAGCCGCAGGCAGGCUCGGGAGUGCAUGCCCCACCACCCCGGGAGCCCCAGUGAGCCCCAGCUCAGGCUCUGGAAGCGUCUGGGCUCCCUGCGCCGCUCCCUGCACAGCUUCCGCAGAGGCAGGCCCGCUCCCAGACGCCCCCUGCCGGGCUGCGAUGACAGCAUCGACUGUGACUGCACGGAAUCCACCAAGAUGUGACGGGCUAUUCCCGCUACCCAGGACCCACCCAAGGAUCCUCCUGCCUCCGACACAGCCUGGAAUCUGGGGUUGCAGAAGGACCUGGGCCACACGCUCAGUCCCCGUGGUCCCAGGCCUAUGGCCUUUCCCAGAGACAGCCCCUGGAGGAAUGUGUUCCUCUCUGCAGACCCUCCAAGUGCUGCCUGCUGAAAGGCUGCUGGGCCAAGUGUGGGGCCCUGACUCCUGGCCCCAGAGGGCACAGCCUGGGACCCCUAGCUCUGUUCUCUGGCAACCAGGCACCAAACACCUGCAGGGAGCAGCGACCCUGCUUCCCACCAGAAGUCCCGACCACUCCCCAGGUGCCACAGCCCCGCAUGGAUUCCAGUUUGAGUUGCCCAGUGGCCAAAGGUUCUCUUCGGCCAAAUGAUCUACUUGGCCCACACAGAGGGCAAGGAACUGUCUUGCUCUCUGUGCCAACGCAGUGCCAGAAACAAGAGGAAAGCCAGGGGCUUCUCUCCUUGAAAUCUUGGGACCUAGCAGCAUUCACCUAAUAAUCCCCGGGAGCAGCCAGCACCUUUGUGGGUCAGGUGCCAUGUGCCUGCUGGGAGGAGAGCGAGCAGGAGGCUCUCAAUGCUGCCUCACCAGGCACCAUCCUGGCAGCCAUCUUGGUGGCCCCCCUUCAAGGCACCACGUCACCAUGGACCAGUGUAGGGGUUAAGGAGCUCCUUGCGAGGCCAGGACCUGUGCUGUGUCAAAGUGGCGGGAGGCAUUGCCAGAAGCUAGGGGUGAUACUACCCGGGCUCUGAGGACAUGUCACAGUGCUCCUGUCUCGUCCAGGGCAGGGGGUGUCCUCAUUUUCUGGUAGGAGGGUCCACACCUUUCCAUGACAGCUGUGGGACCUCAGGUCUGGACCACACUAGGCAUGCUACCUGAGUUUUGGGCAAUUGUGUCAUUGACUUGCUACCUGUCAAAGCAAUCCUACCCUAGAGUGGGCUUCUCGGAAGUCUAAGCCCUCGAAAGUCUUCCCACAGGACCGUGGCUGUGCACUCUGGGUCCCAAGUUUGGAGAGAGACAGAGGGGGGUCUCAGCUGCCUAGUUCCUGCCACCUGUGUCCUGUGACAGGGCUGCCCCCACCCACCUUGCUAUGACUCCCAAUGCAGCUGGCCAGGUCUUCUAAAAAAGUGAGCUCCCAUUUUGCCACUCCCCCACUCCAAAACCAUCUUUGGUUCCCAGCUGCUGGCUAGGUAAGGCCACGGCUCCUUAGCCUCUGGGAACUGGCUUCAAACUAUCUUUCUAGCCUCAUCUCGACCCAAGACUCCAGACAAACUGAACCACCUGUCCCCAGGCUGUGGCUUACGCUUCCCAAGGCACCCCCUCCAGGAAGCCCUCUUUGCUCUCCAGCUGAAAGCCGCCUCCUGCCUGGAGCCACUCCUACUCUUCACAUCUCUCAGAGAAAGGAUCACUUCCUCCUGACAUUGUGGGUGACCCACGUCUAUGUCUCCUUCCUCCAAGCCUGAAAGCUUGCAGAGAGCGAGACCAUGUCCAACCCUUCAUGCUGCUUCGCCAGCUCCAGGCACAGAAGUAGGACGUCUCUGUUUCCUGAGUGAAGGAUGGCCCUCUCUGGGGGUGACCCCACCCCCCAAAGUUUAAGGAGUCCUGGUGGGGUUGGGGGGGAACCAUCUUCUUCUCUCACAUGCCCUGAGACAGAAGCUUUCUCUCCACACAUGUUGGUGAGGCCAACUGUACCUUCCUUCCAGGUCAGUCUGACAUCCAAGAGUGAGGCUACCUUGGUCAGCAAGUUCCAGGGCCUUGGAGAAGUCACCAAUGCCCGAUUUCUCCCUGAGAAACAGGGUGAAUCAGGGCUGCCCUGUAUUACUCACACGCUCUAGAAUGUCAGGCUGUGCAGUGUUGUGUAAAUAGAAACCAAUUCUUCAGGUUUAGAAAGUGGGGCAGGGCUCCUCCCACAGGGGUUUGCUACCCUCUCCCUUCCAGCUUGUGAACCUCUUCCUGGCUCCCUUCCCAGGGCCUCCCUGAGACAUCCCAGCAUGCACUCGGCCUACAGUCACCGGUGUCAUCCCCAGGCCAGCGUCCUGCUUGGUUCCUGAAGACUAGGGGUGGGGGUAAGGCUGCCCUGAGGCCUAAGGAAUAGCUGGGGAUGGAAAGGUAGGGGGCCCUUCAAGCUCUGGCCAUACUUCCAGGCAUGUCCCCAGUUUGGUCCAGUGACUGGGGUGCCAGGUAUGAGGCGAGAGGAGAAGCUGAGGCCCAUAGGAAGAGAACCUUCCUGUUCCUCCUUCUGGAACCAUCCCCAGACUCUUGCAAAUCCUUGUGGCUUCCUCAACUCUCCAUUCCCCUAGGAGUCAGCACCCUGCUCCCAGCCCAUUUCCUGCCUUCCUCCUGGCCCCACCAGUGUGGGAGGUAGAUACACUUCCAGGCCCUCCGGAUCCUGGGAGUCUGCCCUGGCGGACAGGCCCAGAUUUGCUGUGUUUGGCUCAGCCUCGGAACCCCCACCACUGGUAAAGAACGUAAUUCAUUCCUGGCCUCCCACCCCAUCCAGCAGUGGAGGCCUCCAGGGUAAGGUGGGGGAGGGUACCCCGAACCUCAUUUCCAGGUCCUCCCCUUUCUCCCUCUGAGCCUCAGAGCUGUCCUGCUCUCUGGGCAAAGGAACUCUUUCUUCUUGUGCCUGUUUACUUCCCAAGAGGGGAGCUUUGGCCAAGGGCCCCAUGAAAGCCGCUCUGUUCUGGGCCUCGCUGGCCCUGGCUCUUUCCGCUCACCUCCUUUCCGGGAAAAUGCGACAACUCCAGCCCCUUGCUGCUCUGAGAAGCCCCCUGGGUGGGGUGGGGGAAGCAGAGAGGGCUGUGGGGAAGGGAGGAGGCAAGCCUUCCUUCGGUUUUGCAGGGAGCCAGGGUGCUGUCUCAGGCCACAGAAACUAAAGGCCUACUAUCCUCGGGAGGGAGGAGGGUCCUGGCUCCCUCUUUCCCCACUGCCGACUGGCUACUUCCGGAGCAGCAGCGGGCCUCUCUCCUGUUUCCAUCCCUCCGUGUGGCAGCCAGGCCUGCGUCCGGCCCGCCCACAGCCCCGAGGCGCCACGGCCACCUGCCUGCACGACGCUGUGUCCCUCAGGGACGUCCUCAGGGACGCUGGCCUCGUAGCUGCUCUGCAGAAAGAUGGGCCGGUUGUCGUUCACGUCCAGGACGGUGACAAACACGGUGGCCGUCCCCGUGCGCCGCUUACCUACGGGGCCGUUGUCUGUGGGAGUUGAGGAAGACGGGCUGUGAGCAGCUGCCCGAGGCACACAUUCCCUGGCACGCGUCCUGUUCAUCCCCCUUGCUCUGGCCUUUGCCGGGGUGGGUUUUUUCCCCUUUCUUAGACUAAGACUAACACUAACAAUAUCUAAUGUGUCCCAGACGCUGCUGUAACUCAUCCAGUCCUCAGGAGAAGAUGUGCAGUAGGUGCUGUUAUUAUCAUUAUCCCCAUUUUACAGAGGCGGUAACAGAGGCAUGACGGUUCCAGUGGUGGCCCUUGGAAGACCCACCCGCAUCAGAUCCCUGGAAACUUGGGAAAGUCGACUUAUUAGGAAAUAGUGUCUUUGAAGAUGUAAUUAAGAAUCUUGAGAUGAGGUCCCCUGGACGGCCUGGGUGGGCCACAGGCCCGCUGACAGAGGUUCUCAAAAGAAAAAGGCAGAGGAAGACUUGAAACGGAGAGAAGGACAGGCUAAGUCAGAGGCAGAGACCGGAGGUUUGCAGCCACAAAUUGAGGAAUAUUUAGAGCCACCAGAAACUGCUAAAGUCAAGGAAGGAUUCCCCUCUAGAGCCUUCAGAAGGGAAUGCAGGCCUGCUGACACCUGAAUUUUGAACUUCUGGCCUCCAGCGCCAUGAGAAAAUAAAUCUCUACUCUUUUAAGCUA